UGUGCUACAGGCAGGCAGAUGUUUUCAGUUUCGUUUUCGCCGAUCCAGAUUGCAGAAAUGAAAGUGAAAGAUGGAGGGAGUCCGAGCGGAGAAAUGGAGGAGGAGAGACGCAUCUGCAAGAACUGCAAGAGGGAUGUGGCUGCGGUAAACUUCUCCCUCCACGAGGCUCAUUGCAUGCGGUUUCUUGCUGUUUGCCCCGAAUGUGAGGAACCGGUUGCUUCAAAGGACAUGAAAGAACAUCUUGCCAAGGCCCACCAACAGGUCAGAUGCACGCUCUGUCACGAGAUGAUGCAACAGUAUCUGCUGGAGCACCAUGAGGCCGAAGAAUGCCAAGAGCGCUCAGUUAAAUGCCACUUUUGCGAGCUGGAGCUGCCAUUCCGUAAGCUGCAAUCUCACCUGGAUGCGUGUGGCAGCCGCACCACGAUGUGUUGGGAUUGUGGCAAAUACAUCAUGCACAAAGCCCAAGAGGGGCACAAGCUCACCUGCCAAACAGGCAACAGGCCGAGGGCCCCUGGUGAGUUUCACACCUGUUUCAAAACAAAUUUAUGCCAGCAGUGUAACAAUUGGUUUCCAGCAGAUCAAUAUCUACACCAUCUGAACGAAUGCAGUUCAUCUCCCGAGCUCCUGGGAUCUCUCGCCACCCAUUCUGCUGCAAGAUCAAGGUCUCCUCCAUCUCCACAGAACCCUCCAACUGCAGCUCCUCCUUCCCCUACUUGGAAGAUGAAGGCCGAGAAGGAUGUGCGCCCCAAGAGGAGGGACAGAGAAUUGCCUUCUAUCGAAAAAAUAUCUCUGAGGUCUCCAAGAAGCAAAAAGGCAUCUGGCUGCGAGGCCUUCACCUCCAUCCUGACCUCCGCUGGACCACAGGCCCUCAAUGACACGUAUGACCAGCUGGUCACAUGUUCCCAGUGCAACAUCCUUCUUCCGAGCCCAGUCCUACAGAAGCAUGAGAAAAAGUGUCAGCGGGCAGUUUCUCUACAAGCAAUUCGACGGAGCCCACGAUUUUUGGAAAAAGAAGGAGAAUCCACGCAAACCCCACCAGAAGGAAAUAACGGGCAAUGACCUUUCUCAGCGGCUGAACUGGCCCUUUUCGUUCCAGCAGGAUCGGGUUCAGUAAAACGCCUUGCCAUACCCUGAUCUGCCUUUUUAAGAAUAAAAGAGCUACAGUUCACAACCAAGACUGAGCAUAAGCACCAUUUGCGG